CCGGUGCAUGCGUUUUAUUAUUGCUUAUAUGUUAUAGUUUGUAAUAGUUGCCAUUCUAAUAAAGGAACAGUCACUAUCGUAUGUGUAAAAAAUCAUUUCGAUGUUCUCUAAAUAAGUAGACGUGCAUGUCAGGUCGCACGAAACUUACGGAAGUUUAGCCCGCAGAGCGUCUUAACCUCAACGUUAGCAACAUGUUUCACGGAUGCAGGCGGCUCUGUGUGAGUGGCCUGAGGCUACCCACACAGAUCGCGUCGACGAGGUACGCUGGCACCCUGUCUAAGGCAGAGAUGAGGAAACGCAGGAGUCAGCUUUUUGACGAGGAGAAGCGCAGACAGCAAUCAGAACUGGGCAGGAUUGAGAAGAUACAGGUCACAUACAAAUCGGUGGAGGACGAGGUGGUGAUGGCAAUGAAUCGAAACAUCUCCACACCAUACGACUGUGCCAGGCACAUCUCCGAGGGCGUCACCAAGAUGUCCGCAAUUGCCCAGGUGGAUGGCCAAGUCUGGGACAUGCACAGGCCUUUCAUUGGCGACUGCGAGCUGCAGUUCGUGACCAUGCAAAGUCCGCGGAUACGCCAAGUCAACAACGCCUUCUGGCGAACGUGCUCGUUGAUCCUAGGCGCUGUGGCGGACAGCGCGUUCAAAGACCACGUGAAAGUCCACCUGCACAGCUUCCCCAUCCCGAUGAUCUCUUCUGGUAGCUUUAUUUACGACGUAUUUAUCGAUCUGCCGGACUGGCGGCCAACUGAAUCCGAAUUGCGCGCCAUGUCGGCGCUUUUCGUCAAAUUGACAAAUCGCGAAUUGUUGCUGGAACGAUUGGAAGUACCGUGCAGCGUCGCGCUGGACAUGUUUCAGGAUAAUCCUUUCAAGUACGAGCAGAUACCUAAUAUCGCCAAGGACAGCGAUAACGACAGGGUAACGUUGUAUCGGAUAGGAGAUCAUGUGGACAUCAGCAGAGGCCCUAUGGUGGGUAACAGUGGUUUGAUAGGACGUGUUACUGUGUCGACAGUGCACAAACUCAUGGAUGCGCCCGUGGACGGUCUAUAUCGCUUUCAAGGAAUCGCCCUGCCGAAAGGUAUUCUGCUUAAUCAUUUCGCUUAUGGCAUCCUGGAGAAACGCGCUAGGAAAUUGAACACUACGAUGUGGCAGCCUCAAGCAGAGGACGAAGCAGUUAGCCUAACGGCAUCUGUGAAUUAAAAACUCAUUUCGUUAUUUAAGAUAUUCGUAUUCGUGUAAAUAAAUGCAUCUUUCAGUAAUUUGAUUUAAAUGUUCUUCGAUUUCUCUCUCUUGCUGCCUACUUCCUUAUUACUGAAAUAUGGCAGAAGCGAGUAUACUAUCGUGCAAUAUACAAAUAUGGCCAUGUCCAAUAUUAUUAAGCAUCCUAAUAUUUUUUUCUGUACCUUAUAAUAUCUAUAUAUAAAUAAUUGGAACCAAAGUUGUAAAUAAAAUCUUUAUUUUCAAUUUAAUAUUUUGUUACCGCCUAUUUCAGGACUUUAAAAAUAUAUUUCGAUAAAUUUUUCGUCACUGUUUAAGAAAAGAUUUUGAUGUUUGAUAAAAUUUAAAUUAGAACUCUUCUGAAUCUAAAAGUUUUUACUUAAAUCACAAUGUGUCUGCUUUGAUUGUGUAACACGAAAUAUUAUACUGUUAGGAAAAUUUAUUUUGACAUUAAUCAAAAAUUUUCUUUAUAGGAAAACAGUAAAAUUUCUUUCAACAUCGUUGUGUGCAUAACACAAAAUUUAUUUGUUGUCUCGAGGAUGCGUAAUAAUUAUUGAACAUCGUUAUAUAUUGAAAACUUAUUAGUUUCUCUAUUGUUUUUAACUCUAUAAUAAAUCAUGAAAAA